AUGCUUUCAUCAGAUGAUGACAAGGCUGACAGAUGGAAGGGUGGAUCUGGAGAGUCAACUGAAAUUUGCCACUCACAUAGUAGAGACAACCUUACGCCCAGACACAAGGGAGCAACUGCAUUAGAAAAGAAAGAUGGAGGACACCCCCCCACACACAUACACACUUUAAUUUUUUUUUUCAUUUCUCUUUCUCUUUUCAUUUUGUCUUUUACUUUCUCUUUUCAUUUCUCUUUUUCUUUUCAUUCUCUCUUUUACUUUCUCUUUUCAUUUCUCUUUUUCUUUUAUUUCUCUUUUUAUUUCUCUUUCUCUUUUCAUUCUGUCGCUUACUUUCUCUUUACAUUUCUCUUUUUCGUUUAUUUCUUUUUCUCUUUUCAUUCUUUCUUUUACUUUCUCUUUUCAUUUCUCUCUCUCUCUCUCUUGUCUUUUACUUUCUCUUUUCAUUUCUCUUUCUCUUUUCAUUCUCUCUUUUACUUUCUCUUUUCAUUUCUCUUUCACUUUUCAUUCUCUCUUUUACUUUCUCUUUUCAUUUCUCUUUUUCUUUUCAUUCUUUCUUUUACUUUCUCUUUUCACUUCUCAUUACUCUUUUCAUUCUGUCUUUUACUUUCUCUUUUCAUUUUGUUUUUUAGUUUCUCUUUUCAUUUCUCUCUCUCUUUUCUCUUUUAUUUGUUCUUUUUAUUUCUCUUUUUCUUUUAUCUUUUACUUUCUCUUUUCAUUUCUCUUUUUCUUUUACUUUCUCUUUUCAUUACUCUUUCUUUUGCCUUUUACUUUCUCUUUUCAUUUUGUCUUUUACUUUCUUUUUUCAUUUUGUCUUUUACUAUUCUUUUUUCAUUUCUCUUCCUCUUUUUCUUUUUUUUUUCUUUUUAUUUCUAUUUCUCUUUUCAUUAUGUCUUUUACUUUCUCUUUUUCUUUUCAUUCUUGUUUUUCUAUACGUCCUUUAAACCAUCCUCUCUCUAUCUCCAUCUCUCUCUCUCUUUCUCUCUCUCAGUCUGUAUCUAUCUCUCUAUCUAUCUAUCUAUCUAUCUAUCUAUCUAUCUAUCUAUCUGA